AUGAUAGUUUCAAUUUUGCCUGCGAUUGGCGAUGGUUUCUCCAGUGCAGUUAGUAAAUUAAAUACUCCACGAAAUUUUAAAGAUGCAAUUGAUUGUCAUAUAUGCAGUAAGCCAUUAGGAACUAAUAGAGUUCGCGAUCAUGACCAUCUCACUGGUGUGUAUAGAGGAGCCGCUCAUCAGAAUUGCAACCUUGAGUAUCGAAUACCUGAACAAUAUCCUGUUGUUUUUCAUAAUCUAAAGAAUUUCGAUGGACAUAUAAUCAUAAAUGCUCUUGAUACAAACUUUUGCAAAAGUGAACCAGUAAUUAUUCCUCAUACAAUUGAAAAGUACAUUGGAUUUUUCCUCGGUAAAUUUAAAUUCAUGGAUAGCUUCGCUUUCCUUUCAUCUAGCUUGGACAAUUUAGCUGCUAAUGUUCCAACAGAUAAGAAAGAUUAUUAUUUGAAACAAGUUUUUGGAGAUAUCGACACUUCUCUUCUUCUAAGAAAAAGUGCUCUUCCAUAUGAGUACUUAUCAUCUCUCGAUGUUUUCAAUGAAACAGCGUUACCAGAUAAGUCAGCAUUUUUUUCUUCCUUAACCCAGUCGAACAUAUCAGAUGAGCUCUAUGAAAAUGUAAAGAAGGUUUGGUCAAAGUUUAACUGCUCAACAUUGAAAGAUCUCCACGAUAUCUACCUUAAAGUAGAUGUAUUACUACUUGCAUCGGUUUUUGAGAAUUUUCGAGAGAUGUCUCUCUUUAAUUUCGCAUUAGACCCUCUUCAUCAAUUUUCAGCACCCGGGUUAACUUGGUCUGCAGCGUUCAAGAAAAUGAAGAUUGAACUUGAACUUCUAACCGAUUUUAAUAUGUUUUUGAUGGUAGAGAAAGGUAUCAGAGGUGGACCCACAUCGGUAGUUAAGCGUCAUGUGCGAGCAAAUAAUCAGUACUUACCUGAUUACGAUCCAAGUAAGCAAACAUCUUUUCUGCUGUACUUGGAUGUUAACAAUCUUUACGGAUAUGCGAUGUCGGAAAAACUACCGAAAUCACAUUUCAAAUGGUCUUCUAGAACCAUUGAAGAGAUACUCACCACUCCUGAUGAUUCCGAAAUCGGUUUCAUCCUUGAAGUUGAUAUCGAAUAUCCUUGUGAACUCCACGAUGAUCAUAAUGAUUUUCCAUUGGCUCCGGAGAAAAUGGAAAUAACUCCCGAUAUGUAUAGUCAAUAUCAAAAAGAUCUACUGGAUGAGCUUAAAGGUCGCGGAUACAAAAGAAUCAAAACUGCUAAAUUGACAAAUAAUUUUUACAAGAAAAUUCGAUAUGUUGUUCAUUAUCGAAAUUUGAAAUUCUAUCAUUCACAUGGAAUGAAGGUAGUAAAGCUUCAUCGUGCUAUUGAAUUCAAACAAUCAUCUUGGCUUGCUGAUUAUGUUUCUUUCUGCACAACAAAGAGACAAGCAGCCGUGACUGAUUUCGAAAAAGAUUUUUGGAAGUUGCUAGUCAACUCAAUUUACGGGAAAAUGAUCGAAGAUAAGAGAAAGCAUCGGAUUGUUAAGAUCGCACUUCAAGAUGUUGAAGCUCAAAGAUUACUUAAAAAUGAAACUUGUGAUAAAUUCAUUAUACUCGAUGAUAACAAGAUGUUAUUUUCCCUAAAGAAACUCUCUGUUGUAAUGGAUAAACCGAUCGCUGUUGGUUUUACUAUUCUCGAACUGGCCAAACUGAAGAUGUAUCAACUUCAUUACGAUACAUUCAAACCGUAUUAUAAAUCAAAUAUUAGUCUUGUAUACACUGAUACAGAUUCCUUCAUUUAUGAAAUCAAGUCUGAAGAUAUUGUCGCUGAUAUGAGACAAUUCGCUAACAUCAUGGACUUCUCAAACUAUCCAAAAGGCCAUCCCUUGUAUUCGAAUAAUAAUAAUAAAAAAAUCGGCUACCUCAAAGAUGAGAUGGCAGGCAAGCAGAUAUCCGAGUUUAUCGGAAUAAAGCCUAAACUUUAUGCAUUGAGGAUUUGCGAAGAAGUUAUCAAAAGAGCAAGAGGUGUACCAAGACCAAUUCUGAAAAAUAGAAUCACAUUUCAAGAUUAUCUCGAUUGUCUUUACAAUCAUGAUACAAGAAGAGAUGUAACCACUACACUGCAAUCUGAUCGCCACAAUAUUCAGAUGAUAAGACGACAAAAGACAACUAUAUCUUCUCUCGAAGACAAGAGGUAUUGGGUGGAUCCAUUAAAAUCUCUGGCAUACGGACAUCAUGAUAUUCAAUAA